GUGUCCAGUGGCAAAGGCGAGGGGCGGUCCUAAGGGAAUGCGCAAGCGCCAGUGUAAAUGGAAUCCUGGGAAUUGUAGUUUAUUCCACUCUCACCAGUGCUCGUAAGUCAGCGGUUGUCGCGGGCGCCGGCGGACUUCAUUUCCCAGAAUGCCCCUGGCGGCCGGCCUCCUGUCGGCAGUACGAAGUCUUCCUGAGUUGGACGAUUCACUAUUUCCUGGUUUCAGCCGGCAGCCAUUUUGGGGGUUACAGAGAGCUGGGCUUGUGUUGGCUUUGCUGGAUACAGGGGGUUAAUCUCGGGUUUUCUGGGGGGAAUUAGGACUUGUUCAUAUUUUUUUUACUUUAUUUCUAGAUCUAUUUUGGUCUUUCUUUUAAGUUGUUCCCCCGGCGCUUGUUCCGGCCGCUGCUGCUCGUGAGGAGGUCGGACUGUGCUUUUUCUUCUUGUUUGUCCCUCAGUCUGUGAGAGUUUUGUGCAGAAGCGGCGGCAGCUCAGUGACAUGUCCAGCAUGAAUCCCGAGUAUGACUAUUUAUUCAAAUUACUUUUGAUUGGAGACUCCGGCGUGGGAAAGUCUUGUCUUCUGCUCAGGUUUGCAGAUGACACAUACACAGAAAGUUACAUCAGUACAAUUGGUGUUGACUUUAAAAUCAGGACUAUAGAAUUAGAUGGAAAAACAAUCAAACUUCAAAUUUGGGACACCGCCGGCCAGGAAAGAUUUCGAACUAUUACAUCAAGUUACUACAGGGGAGCCCAUGGCAUCAUUGUUGUGUAUGAUGUAACAGACCAGGAAUCAUUUAACAAUGUAAAGCAGUGGCUUCAGGAAAUCGAUCGUUAUGCCAGUGAAAACGUUAACAAGUUAUUGGUAGGCAACAAGUGUGAUCUAACCACAAAGAAGGUUGUGGACUACACAACAGCAAAGGAGUUUGCAGACUCUCUGGGAAUUCCGUUUUUGGAAACAAGCGCAAAGAAUGCGACAAACGUAGAGCAGGCUUUCAUGACGAUGGCAGCGGAGAUCAAAAAGCGAAUGGGACCUGGCGCCACAGCAGGAGGGCAAGAGAAGAACGUGAAGAUCCAGAGCACUCCAGUCAAGCAGUCUAGUGGGGGGUGCUGCUAAAAUGCCCCCCAACAACAGCCCCUUUUACCCUCCUCAGCAGUGAAAUCUCAAUCUGAAGUGACAAACAAAAUUUGCCUGAAUUGUACUGUAUGUAGCCGCACUACAACACAAUCUUACCGUCUCCCCAAAGUCAGCAAAACUCACUACUGACUUCUUUUUGUUUUUUUUUAAUUUUAUUUUAUGCCCCUGACUCAAGACAGCUCAACUUCAUUUUCAGAACUGUUUUAAACCUCUCCCCCCCCCCCCUCCACUACGUGUGCUGGUUUAUCAAUUCUGUGUGUAACCCUCGCUUUACUAAUCCCAUAUUGUAGCCUGUGCUUCGUUACAGCACCCCAACCUGCCCCCCCCCCCAUCUCCCAGUGUUGCUCUCGGUAGGUGUCGGGUUUAGUCUUCUGAAGAUGAAGUUCGGCCAUUUUGUAUCAAACAGCACAGCAAACGGUGUCUGUAAGUUUCCCUUCAUGAAUAAAGUUAAGUGAUAUGUUCUAUGUAA